GGUGCCGAGCGCGGCACUUCCGUGCGGAGUGACGUGAGAGCCGGCGUGCGGGGUCGCACGGAGCAAGGCUGCAGGGGUGCCUGGUGGGGCUGCGGAGCCGCGUGCCCGACAGUAUGUUUUUGGCACAGAGGAGACUCUGCUCCCAUGGCAGUGGAACAAACUUGCUGAAGACAAUUUAUUCUUCCAAAGUCCUUGGAUUCUCUACUUCUGCUAAAAUGUCUUUGAAAUUCAGAAAUGCAAAACGAAUUGAAGGACUUGAUAGUAAUGUGUGGAUUGAAUUUACAAAGUUGGCUGCAGACCCCUCUGUUGUGAACCUUGGCCAAGGCUUUCCAGAUAUAUCCCCUCCCACAUAUGUAAAGGAAGAAUUAUCAAAGGUCGCAGCAACUGAUAGCCUGAACCAGUACACACGGGGCUUUGGUCAUCCAUCACUCGUGAAAGCUCUGUCCUGCCUAUAUGAAAAGCUGUAUCAAAAUCAAAUCAAUCCAGAUAAAGAAAUCCUUGUGACAGUAGGAGCAUAUGGAUCUCUUUUUAAUGCCUUUCAAGGGUUAAUUGAUGAGGGAGAUGAAGUCAUAAUAAUCGUGCCUUUUUAUGAUUGCUAUGAGCCCAUGGUGAAAAUGGCUGGAGCAACACCUGUUUUUAUUCCCCUAAGAUCUAAACCUGUUGAUGGAAAAAAAUGGUCUAGUUCUGACUGGACAUUAGAUCCUCAAGAACUGGCUAGUAAAUUUACUUCCAGAACAAAAGCUAUUAUACUAAAUACGCCACAUAACCCCAUGGGCAAGGUGUAUACCAGAGAGGAACUCCAACUAAUUGCUGACCUUUGCAUCAAACAUGACACGCUCUGCAUCAGCGAUGAGGUUUAUGAAUGGCUCGUAUAUACUGGAAACAAACAUUUAAAAAUAGCCACUCUUCCAGGUAUGUGGGAGAGAACAAUAACAAUAGGAAGUGCUGGGAAGACGUUCAGUGUGACGGGCUGGAAGCUUGGCUGGUCCAUUGGUCCUAAUCAUUUGAUAAAACAUUUACAGACAGUUCAACAAAACACCAUUUAUACCUGUGCCACUCCUUUACAGGAAGCCUUGGCUCAAGCUUUUUGGAUUGACAUCAAGCGCAUGGAUGACCCUGAGUGUUACUUUAAUUCUUUGCCAAAAGAGUUAGAAGUAAAAAGAGAUCGGAUGGUGCAUUUACUUGAAAGUGUUGGACUAAAACCCAUAGUUCCUGAUGGGGGAUACUUCAUCAUUGCUGAUGUGUCAUUGCUAGAUGCAGAUCUCUCUGAUAUGAAGAACAAUGAGCCUUAUGACUAUAAAUUUGUGAAAUGGAUGACUAAAAAUAAGAAACUAUCAGCCAUCCCCGUUUCAGCAUUCUGUAACUCAGAAUCUAAAUCGCAGUUUGAAAAGUUUGUGCGGUUUUGCUUCAUUAAAAAAGACAGCACACUGGACGCUGCUGAAGAAAUCAUGAAGUCAUGGAGUAGACAGAAGCCUUGAUAGGUGCAGUCUUCAUGCUUCUAUUAGGUGACACAGUAUGGAACUGUUACAAGUGCUGCCACCUGCUGGGUGUUAGAAGAUCAGUACUGAUGGAACGCAAACUCUUCUAUUGUUUUCUCAGAGACGUUAACCCCACUUCUAACAAUAUUCAGGAAAGCUGGUAACUUUUUCCAUUGAAAUGCAUUAAGACGACUUCCACUACAGUUUUACGUUAGCACUACACAGUAGAUAACUGCCGUGCAAG